CGCUGUCAAAACAUUGUGCAACUUUUUGGUGUGAACCAGUGCAACAGUGAUCGCAAAUCCUCGGUUUUAUUUCCAGGAAAUUAACUUUAUUACGUUCAACACCGGUACGGUUAUCCCAAUCCCAACCCACCGAUCAAGAUGAUGCGCUACGAGGGAACGGAAAAGCUGGCCGAUGAGACGGCCUGCGCCCGAGUGCGAGCCGAUUUAAAAAUGUGCCUGCUGCAGAGCGAUUGCUGCAAGAAGGAGCGGAAACUUCCCCGCGAGUGCCUCUCCCGCCAAGAUGGAUCCGUUCCUGACGAAUGUUUUGCCAUACGGAAUACGUUCUUCGAGUGCAAGCGGUCACUGCUGGACAACCGACAGCGAUUCAGGGGACGGAAGGGAUACUGAUUACUAAACGUGGGAAGCCGCGUAAUAAAACCUGUAAAUUACCCAUUUUCAUUCAUAAGUUAGAGUAAUAUGGAGUAUGCCCUUUUCAGGUGCUUGUAAUAAAUUAAAAAUCUAAAUCUGCA